UACGACUUUCUUUAUUUUUAUUGUCAAAAAGGAAAUUCUCGCAACAAAAUUCGAAGAUGUCUUCAUGUACUUGGAAUUGAUACCUCUGAUGUGCUCGAUAUCAUUUUCCCCUUCCAUAAUAUUGUUGGAAUCCUUGUCCAUAAAGAUGAUCGUACAAAAAUUUGUAAAAUUCUAGCAAAACAAGCCAAUAUUAAACCUAUUAAAAACUUUAACCCCAUGGACCCAGCCUAUUUAGGAACAAAUAAGGAUCCACAUGUAUCAGACGAGGAGCAAGUUGCUAAAUUAUUUAAAAAACAUAAAAAACGUUGCAUUCAUACUCUGAAUUUCGUCCCGAAAGCGUAUUUUUCUCCUAUCCUAGUUGCUUUUAUGAGUAAAGGCUGGCUUACU